UCAGCAGUAUAAGUUUUUGGACCUUUGUAGGGGGGAGGCGGACAAUUUAGUUUUGUAGGACACGCUACAAAUAUGAUAUAUUGGAUGAGGGUAGUAACUGAUUUUUCCAUCUUUUGCUGUGAUAUGCAAUCAUCUCAGACCAGAGGGUGAACUGUGUGUAUCAUCGGUCUACUUAAAAAUGUGCUACCCAACAUACAGUGCAUAUAAAAUGUUUUCGCUUUUUAUUGUUUUUGUUUGCUUGUUUGUUUGUUUUUAGCAAUGGAUCAUGGUCAGUUUAAUUUAGCUUUUCGGACAAUAAUUUACAAAAGACACAUGUCAAAGUGAAAACUAUGUUUACAAAGUAAUUUCAAUUAAUUUUAAAUUUAACACAUAAAUAAGUAAUGCACAGGUAGUAUUUACCCUUUUUAAAGUGACUCGCCUCAUUCAACAGAGGUACAGUGAGUUGGUGCCACAAGUCACAAAUAGUGAAAUGGAGAUCAUCCGAGUGCAGUAAAUAUGGCAGCAUAUGCCUCAAAUGAAUGUAGUAUAUAGACACCUUUAUCUGGAAGUUUCAGUCGCUGGAAAAAAAGGCCUCCAAUAUGGCACAUGCAUGAAUUUGCCUGAAGCAGUCUGUCCUUCAAAACUUGAGUGACCAUGCAAGAAAGAGUCUAGUGAGGGACUCCUAUAAAGGAGUUACAAGCUUCAGGAACUGAGAUGGGAGAAACUGAACACAAUCACUGUUGCCCAGGUUCUUCACCAGUCAAAGCUUUGUGGGAGAGUGGCGACAGAAAGCUCCUGUUGACAAUAUCUCAUUUUAAAUCCUGAGUGUUCACCAGAAGUCGCGUGAUAGACUCUGAAGUCAAAUGAAAGAAGAUUCUUUAGUUUAAUGAGAUCAAAAUUGGGCUAUUUGGCCAUCAGACUAGAGACCAUGUUGCGCGGACACCAAGCACUGCACAUCAUCAUAAAUGCACCAUCCCCACUGUGAAGUAUUGUGGUGGCAGCAUCACAAUGAUGGGAUGCUUCUUGUCAGCAGGUCCAGAAAGAAACUUGUAAAGAUAGGGAGUAAAAUGAUUGCAACAGAGUAUUGGGAAAUUUAGAACAACAACAACCUGAUGCAACUGCAAGAGCACUGUGACUUGGGAGAGAAAUUGUUUUCCAGCAAGACAAUGACCCGAAGCAUACAACCAAAGUGAUGCAAAAAGAUUUAAAGAUAACAACAUGAAUGUUUUGGAGUUGCCAACUCCAAGGUAUGUUAAACCUGAAGUCAGAGUUUUAAGUGUCACAAAUGUGGCUGUCUUUUAACCUACUAAAUCUCCAUGGUAACUUAUGCUGCAGAGCUAACCUGGUCCAGAGCAGGUUAUGUUCAGUGAUAAAGCCUCUUCGGAUAUAUGGUACAUCUGCAAACGUGUUGAGUAGUAUAUUACUAAAACCACUGAAUGAAGCUGUGCAGUUACAGUAUUGCACACUAUAUAUGCAUCAUGUUGCCAUAGGUACUUGACAUGUAUUCUGCUGGUUAUGCAGAAAUAGCAUAAAUAUGUUUUUACAUUUGGUCCUGAUUUGCAUCCAAAUCUGUUUACACUACUGGUUCUGCAGCUAAUAAAACACAGAUUAGAAAAUUGAUUAUUCUAUUGGUAUUUAUUACAGAGCAUAUUCAAUCAAUAAUAUUAAUUUCACUUACUUGGCCAAAAAUUGCAGUGAUAUACUGUAUUAUGAGACAGUGUCAGACCUAAAUGCACUUCAGUACAAUAUUAUGAAGUUACCGUUAACAGCUCUAAAAUGCAGCUGUCAGAAAAAAAGCAGCUACACUCAUCAAUAAAUUAAAUAUAUUAGCACAUAACUACCAAUUUUCUACCAUCAUUCCUGUCUUGCAUAAUUUGCAGCAGUGCUUUUUAAAGUCAUAUUUUUUUGGGAUUCUUUGUUGCUCUCCAUUAUAGCAACCUGUUGACUGAAGUAGCUGCACGUCGUCGUUUCACGUGAGUCACAUCCUCCGUGAGUUAAAUCCUCCGUUUUAUGGAGCGUACUGAGUUCCUUAGUUAACAAAGAAAGUUGAUAACCACCUUCAUGAUGUUAUCUCUGACUUGAGUUUUAGGUUUGGCGGUAAAAUUGCAGUGUGCAGUUGUGCAAGACCUAUCCUUGCAGACUUAAUGAUCUAAUUACAGUCAAAGGUACAUCGACUAAAUACUGGCUUUGAGGUGAUGAACACGUACACAAUCACUUUUUAAAAUAUUUGUACUUAAUUUACAGUAUUUUGUAGAAAUCUGUUUUCACCUUGACAUCAAAGGUACCUGUCUGUAUGUUCCAGUAUUUGCACUACGCAACACAACAGAGAAAAUAGUUUUUUUUACUGUCUCUGCUUUUCCACUCAGUGUCAUUGUUUGUCUGCAUCAUGCACCUUUUCAGUGACAGGAUGGCAGGGGUAAAUGGAGACCGAAAAGGAAAGAAAGAUGAUAAUGGGAUUGGAACAGCCAUUGACUUUGUGCUUUCCAAUGCCAAGCUUGUGCUAGGGGUAGGAGGGGCAGCCAUGCUUGGCAUUGCAACAUUAGCUGUCAAAAGGAUGUAUGACCGUGCAAUAAGUGCUCCAACCAGUCCCACCAAGAUGGAACAAACAGGAAAGAGAAGCUGGGAGGAGCCAAUGUGGAUGGGCUCAUCACCACGGGUACUUAACCAUGACAUGAAGUCCACAGUUAGCAGAUCACUACAGUCUCUGCCCACUUCUUCACAUGCUUUUGAACCAGACUGUCUGCGGAGGACAGUAGGUCGAGUUGCUGUGGUAGGAAGUGGUUCCACUCAAUCAGACAUGCUGCGUGUCCGGAUGCGUCUAUCGCUACAGGAACAUCUGUGGGAGUUCUACCAAAAUAAUGUUAACAUCCCUAGUCAGGAGCAGGCUAUGGCCAGGAAGGCAGCACUGGACAUCUGUGCUGAGCUAAGAGUGUUUCUUCAUGCCAAACUGCCUGACAUGCCACUCAGAGAGAUGUAUCUUAGUGGCAGUCUGUAUGAUGACCUUCAAGUGGUGACAGCAGACCAUGCCCAGCUGAUGGUUCCUCUUGUCUUGGAGAAGAAUCUGUGGUCUUCCAUCCCUGGGGAGGACACCAUUAUGAAUGUCCCAGGUUUCUGGCUUGUCCGCAGGGAGAACUUGGAAUAUUUCCCACGGAAUAGCAGCUACUGGGACCGUUGUAUGGUUGGAGGUUACCUCUCCCCGAAAUCAGUCCUUGAAGUCUUUGAUAAGCUUGUGGCCGGCUCUAUCAACUGGCCAGCUAUAGGGAGUAUCCUUGACUACGUCAUUCGUCCUGUGGUUCCCUCAGAAACGUUGACCUUAGAGGUACAAUAUGAGAUCGACCAGAAACUGUAUGUGGACUUCUUACCUUUGCUUGUGAUGGAGGAUGGAACUUCACUGAUUGCCAAACCACACCGGCUUGCUGCAGAGCGCCAUGAAAACCUGUGGCGGCAGAGCUUCCGUGUGGCUGAUACGGCGCGACUCAGGGCUCUGGAUCAGGAGGACGGAGGCUGCAGAUGCAUUUGCCUGAAGGUGGCAAAGGCUGUGUGCAAGCUUAACCCUGCCCUUAACCGGCUCAAUGCCAGCCAACUUACCAACACUAUCUUGUUGCUGAGUGAAAAAGAAGGUGACUGGACACAGGAAGCACUGGCUGACCGGUUCCUUCAGCUUCUACGGGCACUCGUUGGACACUUAGAGGCUGGGAGGCUGCCAUGUGCCCUUAACCCCAAAGUUAAUUUAUUUUGUGAGCUGACAGCACAGGAAGUGGAUGAGCUGGGGUAUACCCUUUACUGUGCCCUGUCAGAUCCUGAGAGGCUGCUGAGAACUGCAGUGGCACAGCCACCCCAUCCCUGACAAAUAACAUGGCACUGAAAUGUCAACCGAAGUCAAUGCUAACCUUAAUCUGUAAUUAAGUUCCUGGAAAAAGUGUCUGCAUGAAAUAAUCAUCUCUCAAAUAUUGUCUUGAUGUUUCAUGCUUCUGUAUAAUGUCUGUGACAAAAUGAGAUACACAGUAGCAGUUAGUUGGGGUCUGUUUGACCCUUAACAUGAAAGCUGUCUGUCGUGAUUAUCUAAAUAUAAUUUUAAUCUUGAAUAAAAGUGAAGGCCCAUUGGAGUUGGUGGCUGUUCCUAAAGCCACCAUUUUAAUAAUGAAGCUAAGAGUAGGAAUGUCGUGAUCCAUUGAAUUAUGACGGCUAGACAGGAUUCGGUAUUGGGUGUGUAAAUGGAAGGAUGAGGCAUUGAAAGUUGCACAUUUGAGUUCUUUUUAACCGUUUGGAAAGUUUUAAGAAUACAGACAUGUCUAAUUCAGUUCAGAAGUGCCAUGGUUAUGAUGCUGACUGAGAUGGGUCCAUUUCACUACAUCAAGGGAUAGAAUGUACUGUUGAGUUGUGUGUACUCCAACCCAAAAGUUAAUAAAUUGUUUGUGUGUCUGAAGAACUCAACAUUCUUGAGUUACCAAGACAAGUUACAUCUCUUUUCAUGCCUCUUUUGCUUUAAAAGUGAGUUUUAAAAUUUUCAAGAAAGCUUCAUUAAUAAAUUGGCAGAAGUUAUAAUAUACUCUUUACAUAAUGUAUGUGAAAGCUAACAUUCAACAUGUUUAGAAUGUCUAUAGCUUGCAUGUGCUAGUUGUCUAGUAAUCAAACAGGUUAAUAUACACUGAGUUAUAUGUAGUUUUCUAUUUUUAAUCCCACAUCGUUGAACCAUGAAUCUGAUAGAAAGUGAAACAUGCUUCCUUAAAUUGAAUAUAUUGUGAUAUACAGAAAGCAGAAAUGGCUGUUACGUUGCAGGUUGAUGAAGUACCAACAGAAAAGCACUAUCAUUUUGGUAUGAGUAGAAAAUGAAUCCAUGUGAUAGUUAAAUGAAAUGAAAUGAAAAAAACUUUAAUUAUUUAAAUGCAGAGCUGUUUGUGGCUUGCUUGGAUUUCUUUUUCUCCAGACUCACAUUUGUUGCUUUGAUGCACAGGUCUGACAUACUUUAUUAGCUCAUCUUUAUUUUGUAGGCCAUCUAUCAUGGGUUAUUUUGCACUAUAAAAUGUUAAUUUUUUGCUAGAUUUGUAAAAGAGUUGGCCAAAAUCUUUCAGCAGAACAUUCUAAAACCCCUGUUGUCUUCUGCCCUUGUAUUAUUUUCCUAUUUGAAUUCUCCUUCAUUUAAAGCAUUGCUUGAUGAAAAAUUAAUCCAAUAUAGGUUGCAUAUAGUUGGCCUAAUUUGAUUUUUUGCAGCAAGGGAGUUCUUUUGACAGGACACUUUGUCAGCUAUUGUCAUCCUGCAGUUUGUGAAAUCCACCAUUCUUAACAACACUGCUUCACUAACCUGCAAGAGUUUGUCCUUUUAAUGUAUCAAUCCCAGUAUUAAGGAUGGAGGAUUGAGAAUGGAGCUGGCUGUCUGUAGCACAGUAUUUGUGUGCACAUUUUAAUUCCACAUUAAACCCAGAUUAAUUUACUAGUGCUGGUCUGGCCCAGUCUUUGUUAAAUAAGUAGACAUGGAUUACUUCAGUAUAAGCCAAUGUCACACAGGUCAAAAGGACAAGUACUGUUUGUCAAUACAAACAAAGUGAUCCACUUAUGACACGUCACAGAUUUGUUUUGACUGCGACCUGUAGUGUUGCUCACUGCGAGCAAGCUGUAUGUUAGUUUGCGGGGCUGUAUAAUCCAAUGAAUCACACUGGCUCACAGUAAGUGCACUUCAAGUGACUAACUACAGUAGCAGUCAGAGAGUCAAGUGCUGUUUACCUUGUCACUCUGAAUUAUUUAAAAUAUUCAUUAGCAUUCAAAAUAUGUGGACCAAAAUAAUCACAUAGCUCCUUUUUGUUGACUUUUAGCCUUAGGAUGAAAAAAGGCAACUGUACCCUCAAUCCACAACCCACUGUUUGUAUUGAAUACAUAAAGGAGUGAUUUGGGUUGUUUAUUGUUCUGUUGUUCACUUAAUCAUCAUCCAGACAACAUUAGAAAAAUAGGUGAAAAUUUUUGUAUUUACUGUAGGUUUGUAACCAAAAAGAGCUGAACAUGUAUUUGCACUGAUGCAGUUAAAUAUGUAAAGUACCACUUAUGCUUCAUUAAGUGUUUGUUCUGAUUGUACUGAUAAAAUGAAUCUACAGUAGA